AUGGCGCCGGCACCUGUCCCCAAGGCCCUUGAGGGCUUCACGUCUCUUGGUCCAAGUUCAUACAUCUAUGAAGCUCCAAAAUCCGGGAACCCUUUCAGGGACCAAGUCUCACCUCCUCACCCCGAUGUGAUCCUAUUCAUGUCUUGGCUCGACGCCCAACCGAAACAUAUCGCGAAAUACACCGAAUACUACAAGACUCUCUUCCCCAAUGCCAGCAUUAUUCUCGUCGUCGCCUCGACCAAAGAUGUCAUCUUCCGCUCCAAGGCCGGCGAAACCAAAGUUUACUCGCCCGUCGCCGCCAAACUACAAGCAUUCCCACCAAACACCAGGAUCCUCCUCCACAGUUUCUCCAACGGCGGCCUCAAAAACACCGCCCUCACCACAGAAGAAUACAACCGACGUACCGGCGACCCCCUCCCGAUCCAAGCCCAGAUCUUCGACAGUGGCCCCGGCUACCCGCGCUUCUGGCCCGACCUCCGAGCCAUCACUGCCGGGCUACCCAAGAACUUCAUCAUCCGCACUCUCGCGACAGCUGUACUGGCUGCGGCGUACGUCUUGUACAAAGCUGUGUGGUGGGUGAAGGGAAUAGAGAACCCGAUCAUAACAUACUGCAAGAUGAUGAAUCGCCACAAGCUUUUCGCGACGAAGGUGCCGAGGGCGUAUAUCUACAGCCGCGAGGACGAUAUGGUGCAUUGGGGGCAUGUGGAGGACCAUAUGGCUAAUGCGACGGCGCUGGGUUAUGAGGCGCGCGGGGAGCUGUUUGAGGGCACCCAGCAUGUGAGCCAUAUGCCCAAGAAUAGCGAGCGGUAUUGGGGCAUCGUGGAGAGCGUGUGGAAGUCGAGUUUUGGAAAGCAGUGA